CGUCGAUUUCGAUGUCAGUGCGCGCACAAAAAGACAAUGUCAAUCAUGUCUUCUAAUUUCGUGUGUAUUUUUAUAUUCGCGGUCCUCGCAUUUGCGAGCGCCGAGUUCCCUCAGGACCGAGUAGUUGCCAUCUACGCCGACGUUUCGAAAGUCACUAAUGAGAGCAAGAAGUUAUCAACCCCCGAGGAUGUCAGGAAGUUGUUGUACCCCAGGUUUGACAGGAAGUUAGCAGACACGGAGAACGUCGAGAAUUCAGCAGCCCCCGAGGACAUGGAGAGGAUAGUGGGCGGUUACAACGCCCAACUUGGCCAAUUUCCCUACACGGUGUCCCUCAGAGUGUGGAACCAGCACAUUUGCGGGGGUUCCAUACUUAACAAUAAUCACAUCCUCACCGCUGCCCAUUGUGUAACAGCUGGCGCUCCUAACAUAAACGACAUGACCGUCGUAAGUGGUACCAUCUACCGCAAGGAGGGUGGCGAGAGCCAUAAAGUGGCUGCUAUGUAUUACAUAAAGGACUAUCCGUGGUCUAUGGACGUCGGCGUGAUCAAGAUUUUUGGUAGUAUCAAUUUCAAUGCUUACCAGCAGCCAAUUGCACUCGCUAGCAGCAGACCCCCAACAAACUACCUCGGUGUUGUGAGCGGAUGGGGUGGUAUCACAGCACCUCCGUCCCAGGCUCCAGACAUACAGCAAUUCCUGGAGGUGAAGAUAAUCGAUAGUAACAAGUGCAGGGAAAGUUACAGCGACAUCACCACGGAGAUCUGCACUCUGAACACCGUCGACCAAGGAGUGUGCAGCGGCGACAGCGGCGGCCCAUUGGUCUUCAACGGGCAAGUUGUUGGCAUCGUGUCUCGUGCUGUUCUCUGCGCAAAAGGAUACCCAGAUCUCUUCACCAGCGUCUAUGAUAAUCUUAACUUCAUUCACGCAGAAAUGAACACGUAUUUCGUUAUUGCCUUUAAAAGCUGGCGAGCCUUGAUCGACUCGCAUAGUUUAACGACUACCUGUGGAAACAUGAGGACGUUGAUGGUGAUUUUUACGGCAUCCAUGGCUGUUGCCUGCGCUGGUAACACGCUCGAUGGCAUCAAGGGUUCGAGAGAAAUGUUCGUCAGUCCAGAAACCUGUCUCAAAUUAAAAAUAAGUAAGCUCGAAAUCAACGCUGACAAACCCGAAAAGUUGGGAAGCCCUGCUAACGCAGAAAAAAUAGUGGGUGGUGGAUAUGCCGAGCUUGGCCAAUUCCCCUACGUGGUAUCCAUCAGAAUAAACCACGUUCACCAAUGUGGAGGUGCCAUACUCAACAGCAACCACAUCAUCACCUCGUACAGCUGCAUAGUAAACGUUCAACACAUGAGUGAACUGAGUGUUGUGAGUGGCACCGCUUACCUGAAUUUGGGUGGAAAUACCCAUAGCGUGGAUGGUAUGUACUGGGUAAAUGGAACCAACGAUACUUCUCAAGAUAUCGCUAUAUUGAAGCUUGCUGACAACAUCAGUUUCAACACGUACGAAGAACCAAUCGCCAUUGCCACUAGCAGGCCACCAUCAGAUGUCUACGCUGUUGUUAGCGGAUGGGGCAGCAGUGCAAAUUAUGAUUUCACAUCUUCCAACAAGCAACGAUACCUUUAUGUUAAGAUCAUCGACUCUCUGCAGUGCAACAACGUGUUCGAUGGCGUAACCAACGAGAUCUGUACUUUGAACAGUGCCGAACAGGGAGUGUGCUACGGUGAUGAUGGCGAUCCCCUCGUCUACAAUAACAAACUCGUUGGCGUGUUGUCUCGUGGUCGUCUCUGCGCUGAAGGAUUCCCCGACGUCUUCACCAGUGUUGCCGACAAUCUUGUAACAAAAUCAAUUAUGUCUCGGAAACUUGUUACUCUGCUCUCAUUUGCGGCCAUAGCUUGCGCGAGUGUCGAUGGCGCUGCGAGGCUAGUUAACGGCCAGAAUGCGCUGCCUGGUCAAUUUCCCUACACCGUAUCCCUCAGAGUAGAGAAUUCUCACAUUUGCGGCGGUGCCAUCAUCGACAACUACCAUAUACUCACAGCUGCGCACUGUGUGAGAACCCUCACUAACUAUCCAGACCAAGUCUACGUUGUAACUGGUACCAUAUACCUUGACCAGGGUGGAGAGUACCAUAGGGUGGCUGAGAUGUUUCCUCACCCUCUAUACGAUGGGGUUACGAGAAUUAACAACGAUAUCGGUGUGAUAAAGCUAAUAGAUCCCAUCAAUUUCAACGCGUUCCAAAUGCCCAUCUCGCUGCCUGGUGGCGAACCAGUCGCAGAUGACUAUGCCGUCGUGUCUGCAUGGGGUGAUAGGAGCUCUCCUCCGGAUGCCCAACUUUCCAACACUCAGCAAUACGAGUACCUCAGGAUGCUCAGCUUGGAUCAGUGCCAACAGUACAGCAACCUUGAUGUUGACAGCAGCAUGAUAUGUACCUACGAUGGACCUGGCAUAGGUUUAUGUCCAGGUGACAGUGGCAGUCCACUUGUUUUCAACAAUCAAGUCGUCGGUGUAGUAUCCCGUGGUUAUCCUUGCGCACGUGGCGAGCCAGACGUUUUCACUGAUGUUUACGCCAACAUAGAUUUCGUCCACGAAGCAAUGCAAUACUAAGUUCAAUUUGUAAAG